CGAACAUCGACUUCGUCCUCUCAGCAUCGCGUCGUUCUUGUUUUGUUUUCUUCCCCGCGGGAGCAGCCACCUCGCUGGUGCAGGUACAGCUCCUUGUAAUGGCAAUGAUCGGCGAGCCACACGACCAUGAGAACGUCAUUGCCCAGAAUUCAUUCCGCAAUACCUCCUACUUGCCCCCAGAGCAGGACGAUCAACUGCAAGGAGGAUCACUUCCCCACCGCCCGCAGCCGCCGCAGACCUGCUCCGCAAAGAACAUUAAAAUGGCCCGGGAUCCGGUUUUAUUACCAAGGUUGCACUCCCUACCCGAAGCGGAGGAGCAGAAGGAGAACCUCGAUCCACUCGACCACGCUCGUUCUCUUCCGCAUGCGAACAGCAGCGUUGCUGCAGCUACAGCGCCGUCUGCUUCUUGUUCCCUUCGUAGGACCACGAGUGUCCAGAGUGCGACGAAGCACGGGAGACAAACGGCGAAGCUGAACCAAUCCACUCCUGUGAACCUGGUAACCGGAAUAAAUACUAGUGCUAACACCAGCGCGUUUGUGUCGCAGAUCAUUUCCCCGCCAUAUUCCGAGCAGGACCUGAAUUUUGGGAACAACAAUUCGGGCGCUAGUACUUCUGGCGCAGGUCAACAUGGGGGUUGCAAGCCAGAAGAUGAGACGGUCUUGUCGCUUUUGGAGAACCUGGAAGACGCCUUGCACUUAUCGAGAGCGACAAGCUCGAGUUCGUUAUUUUCUUCCUCUCUACCAGCGGGGGAAAACGAAAAUGAGCAGAAUCUCGAGAACACAGAGGAUCAUGCUGGAGGCAAGGGCCACCACGUGGUUGACCGAAGUAGAGCUGUGGCGCUGUCGCUGAAAAGAACAAGCAGCAGAAAACAAAAACACCGAAGAACGCGGAGCCACGCUGGGGACGAAGAAGAUGUUGCACCGCGUGAUGCGGAAGAAGGAGCAGCUCCCUCUGAUCAACAUCAGCGGCGUGGUCACACGAAGCUUAGCCGAUUGGAGCGUGGUGCCUCGCAUCUUCAGGACGGUACUAGAGGAGCCCCCGCCGGGCAUCAACGAGAACCACGUGCCCCAAGCCACCACCAGCCUCAUUUAUUUCCCACCGACAGCGAAACCGACGGCGGCAUUUCUCCGCCCGCGGCCUUGGAUAUUAGUACUUCUGUUCCACGAACAACGCAACAUCAAAUUCCGAGGCUUAGUCGCAGCUGCGACCGGAUUUUUCUUCCGACCCAUUCGUCGCCACAGUUGUCGAAAAACAGCGUAGUACCAGGGGGGAUUAUGGGCAGAAGAACGUACUCUUCCUCCUCGUCCGCCACCAAACGCAGCUUUAUUCCACGCGCAGUGCAUCAGGACGAGACCAGGUUCAUUGGGGAGGAAUCUUUUCGCGAAGAAUUUCUAUCGGAAGAGUCGCGGGUACUAGCCACGUUUGGAGGUGUUGGACCCGGUCAAGGUC